AUGGGGGCAGGAUCAAAUCAUAUCGCCAGAUUACUGCUGCUGCUGCUGCUGCUGCUGCUGCUGCUGCUGCUGCUGCUGCUGCUGCUGCUGCUGCUGCUGCUGCUGCUGCUGCUGCUGCUGCUGCUGCCGAGGUACUUCCUCACGGUUUUCACGGCCCUGCAGCUCCUCAAGAACGCAGCCGCCCUCAACACCUCGGCCCCCAUACAAGUUUUCUACACAGACACCCAGCCUCACGGCCCCUACGCUGAGGUCCUCCGCCGAAUCGGCCCCACUCGAUCCCUCACCCAAGACCCCCUUCCCAAUGGCACCUGCCUCCGCGCCGCGUUCCACGUGCCCCCGCACGAGCACGGCACCUCGCUCUUCGCCUACACAGGCGUCGGGGAGGGCAGCCGCGCCGCGCGCUGCGGAGCAUCGCCGCUGGUUGUGGCCUUUUCGCAUUGGCUGCGCGGCCUGUUCCCCGAGCUCAGGCCGCGCGGCGCGCCGCGCCCGCAUUUCCUGCUCUCCUGGACGCUGCCAGCGGCGCCGGCAGCACCGCCCCCGGCCCCAGAGCCGCAGCAGCAUCACAGGCGGCGUGCGGAGCAGCAGGCACCGAACGAGCAGCUGACGCAGACGCAGCGCAGCGCUCCGCGCAUGGAGGUGAUCUCUGUCAUGUGGGCGUCCCGCGCGCGCCACGAGGCGCUGAGCGCCGCGCGGCUGUCCGAGUGGCAGCGGACGCGGGCCGUUGGCAACGACGGGGAAGUGGUGCGGGCGCUGCAGGCGGAGGUGCUCGCCUGGAACACGCGCGCAUCCGCUGAGCUGGCGAGGAAAUUCGGUGGCGGCAGCAGUAGCAGCAGCAGCAGCAGCAGCAGCAGCAGCAGCAGCAGCAGCAGCAGCAGCAGCAGCGGAAGCAUCAGCAAGAACAGCAGCAGCAACGGCAGCCCAGGCAGCAACUCCACCAUUGCCGUGUUUUUUGAACUGAGAGCGGUCGAGCUGUCAGACGUGCCUUUUGAGGACCAGGUGCACGCGCUCGUGCGCUGUGGCGUUCUGGUGGGCGCGCACGGCGGCGGCCUGGCGGGGCAGGCGUGGAUGGAGCCUGGCGGCAGGAGCGCGGUGGUCGAGGUCUUGCACAACGUGCGCGAGCAGAAUCACUAUGCCGGGAUGGCGGCGCUGCUGGGCCACCUCUACCUGCGUCACGAGUGCGAGGGAGCCGGCAUUGAGCUGCCGGGCCUCUUGGCUCACGUGACCGCGGCCAUGGACUGGGUGGCUGAGCGCCGGCGCGCUAGCACGGCCGCCCUGGUACCAGCAGGAGCAGCAGGCGCGGCACGCAACAGCGGCGGGACAGGGUAG